GCCAGGGCCGGCAACAUUGCUGCGACAUGACGAUGACAGCCAUCUGCUUCGUCUGCAACCUGCCCAUCCUGAGCCACCAGGUGGGGCUCGUCUGGCAGGGUGGCAAUGGCUGGGACGACCUCGUCCGGGAGCAGGUGGAGGAGUCGACGCUGCGUCAGCGGCUGGGCGCGGGGCGGCGCGACUCGGCGGCGCAGAUCACGUCGGUGUCGCCGCCCACCGAGACGCAGGAGACGUCGCCGCCCACGACGGCGGGCCGGCGCCGGCGCUCCUCGCUGGCCCAGCUGACCGACAUCCUGCGCGAGUGGGGCGGCGGCAGCUCGCACGGAUCCCGCUCGCUGAGAGGCUCCAGCCACAAGGACCCGCUCACCAGUCGGCGGGAGACGCUGGCGGACCUGGCCAAGUCGCUGCCCUGGGGGCGGUCCUCCACGACGACGUCGGCGCCGCCCCCGGAGACGCACACCUCGUCAGGCUUCGGCUUCCGCAAGAGGCGCGAGUCCUCGGCGGACGCCACGCUCACUGGCCGCAAGCGCAGGGAUUCCUCCGCCAUCUCUGACCUCAGGUCUGACCUGGCGCGGCUGUGGUCCUCUCGGCGGGACUCGAGCGCCACAUCCGGAGCGACCAUCAUCACUGCCAGGGACCCCGCUCAGCGGCGCGGCUCUGGGGAGUCGUCCAGGAGCGGCGGGCGCCGCGACUCCACCACUGUGGUCGCCUCCUCUGGCUCCAGGAGGGGCUCUGGCGAGUCUGCGCGCUCGCACCACCACCACCGGCAGAGGAGGGACUCCAGGACGGCGCUGCCCGUCACCGAGGCGGGCCAGCAGCCCAAGUACUACCGGCAGGAGCAGCGGCCGUCGACGUCGUCCACGGCGUCGGACUCGGGGCCGUCCAUGGCGGUGCCCGCGCCACCUCCGUCCUCCUCCGCCGCCGGCACCUCCACCACCACGGCGGACGUGUACUACAAGAGCCGGCGUGACUCGCGGUCGCACGCGUCGCCGGAGCGGCGCUCGUCGGGCAAGGAGUCGUCGGGCAAGUUCCCGCGGCUGCCGCGCCAGUCGACGGCCAUCGACGAGAGCUCGCUGCCGCCGGGCGUCGGCGGCGGCGGCGGGCGGCGCGGCUCGCAGCCCACGCUGUCGCCAGACCUGCAGCCCGCGUCCGACGACGGCGGCGGGGGGCCUCCGGGCCCGGGGGCGGGGCGCAAGGCGCGCCGCGACUCGCUCAGCCCCGACUCCGCCUCCUACAGCCGCGGCCGCCGAGACUCGCGCACGCACCUCUCCCCGGACAGGGACCGCGAGGUGUCGCCGGUGGGGCGCACGCGGCGCGGCCGGCUGCGGCGGCAGUCGACGUCGAUCACGGGCGGCCCGCUGUCGCGCGCGGGCUCGGUGUGCCCGCCGCCGCCGCGCUCGCCCGACUCCUGCUCGUCCACCUGCUCCUCCAGGGACCCCUCGCCCUGCGCCCGCGAGCGCGCCGGAAGCUCGGCCGGGCCCAUCGCGCACGCGCCCGCCAUCCGCCGCCAGUCCACCACCGAGGAGAUCCUCAUCGCCAGGGGGUUCCGGCGGCAGUCCACCACUGAGGAGAUGAUCCGAUGCCGCAACUUCCGGCGCCAGAGCUCGCAGUCUGCGGAGGAGUGCACGCGCUCCCGCGGCCGUCGCGACUCGUCGGCGCAGAUCAUCGACGGCACCUUCGCCACCAUGACCGUCGAGACGAGCAGCACCUUCUUCGACUCCAGCACGCAGACCGGUGAGUAG